AUGGCUCGUACUGACCUUUCCUUCGUCCAUGAACCGGCCCUUCCGAUCUCACAAAGUCGAGCUUCCAGUGAUUUCGGGACACAGUCGCGUACCAAAAGCAGCGUCCUCCCCACUGCGAGGCCCGGUGUGAAAGGUCGAAGGACUACCUCCUAUGACCCUCACUCGCUAGUCCAUCCACCUCUGGACUUGGAUGCUUCUCCGGAUCCUUCUAGCACCUCACAUGACCCCCCCAAAUUCCUGAACAACCGAGGAUCAAUGACCUCAACAAAGGCCAUGCCGGACGCUAUCCUGAGCGAACAACCAUGGAAUUCGGAUUCGCAUCAAUUGGUGGCUGCUUCUAGCCUGAAUACAUCUUCCGACGGUGUCGACUAUCGGCCACAGAAAAGCAAAUCGGGCAAGCCUAAAGUACAUAUUAAACCGAUGCUUAGGAAGAUGUCGCGAGACGACGCGCCUUCGACAUCCAUCGAUUUGUCUCGGUCCUCCACCGAACAGGAGGGGUUAGGAAUUUACAUGAAUUUUGACCGGGACAGGCGCCAAAGUGAAUCACUCACGGGUGUGGCAUUCAAGCCAACAACCCCCGGCCUCCAUCAUCGGUCAACUAGCGGGGCUUCCCACUUCUCCACGGCCACCGGCUCGAGCAUAAGCAAACCAGGAUCACAAUAUGUCCACCCGAUGCGGCAAACCCCUCGGGCCUAUACACCCCCGCUGAGUCAGUCUUAUUCUACCUCCGUUCACGAUAGUGACGAGCUUGAGGAUGGAACCCCCGAGACAGAGCCUAGGACCCUACCAAGGUCUGAGAUACAGCCAUCAUUCGUUCGCGCCUCGUCAGGGCCCGUCCCGCGUUUAUCGUUACAUAUUGAAGAUGAUUCAUUCACCCAUCUUCCUGGGAUCUCACAGACCAAUGUCAGCGGCCGGCCAUCCCUGAGCUGUUCAAGAGACAACGGGACUGGGUUGGAGACUGCGUCCCCAAUCUCCAGGAGUUCCCUCGACUUUGUCUUUCGGUCUCGGACCCGGACCAGCACAGACCCUAUCUCCCGAGCAGCCACAGUCCAAGCUGCUCGACAGGCAUUCGAAGAAAAAGAAGCUGCCAAAACACGGAGGCUUGAACAGCAGCAAACCAAAGCCGAAGCCCGGCAGACGCGGGGCCGAGUAAGGCGGACUGUGUCUGGAAGUCCACAGUCUCCAGGGGGACACUCGAGCGAGGUGAUGUCGGAAAAACCGGGGAAAUCCAGAGAGCCCCAUUCUUCUGAGCCUCGAGAUUCUCAACAGUCAGCCUCGUGGAAAUCACAAUCCCGGAGUACGUGGGUACUGUUCAUGACGUGGCUCCGAACUCGAGUAUUCAAGCUGCGCCGCCGAAUACGGAGGCUUUAUUGA